AUGGCAGGUAGCGGCGGCGUGGGCGGCGGGGUCGGAGGCGGCCAGGGCGCGGGGGCCGGGCAGGGGGCCGCUCCGCGGGUGCCGCGUGCGCCGCCGCUGCUCGCCGCGCUGGUGCUCGGCGCCUACUGCCUCUGCAGCCUCCCGGGCCGCGGCCCGCCGGCCACCCGCGCCUCCGUGCCGGCCCCCGCGCGCGCUGAGCAGCUCCGCGCCGUCGGCAGCCCCGGGGCGCCAGGCCUGUCGGUGGCCAGCGGCCUCGGACGCCGGCGCUUCCCGCAGGCGCUCAUCGUGGGCGUGAAGAAGGGCGGCACGCGCGCCCUGCUGGAGUUCCUGCGGCUGCACCCCGACGUCCGCGCGCUCGGCUCUGAGCCCCACUUCUUCGACAGGUGCUACGAGCGCGGCCUCGCCUGGUACCGGAGCCUGAUGCCGCGCACCCUGGAGGGGCAGAUCACCAUGGAGAAAACCCCCAGCUACUUCGUGACGCGGGAGGCUCCCGGCCGCAUCCAUGGCAUGUCUCCGGACACGAAGCUGAUCGUGGUGGUGCGGAACCCCGUGACUCGGGCCAUCUCUGACUAUGCCCAGACGCUCUCCAAGACCCCGGGCCUGCCCAGCUUCCGGGCCCUGGCCUUCCGCCACGGCCUGGGCCCGGUGGACACGGCCUGGAGUGCCGUACGCAUCGGCCUGUACGCGCAGCACCUGGACAACUGGCUGCGUUUCUUCCCACUGUCCCGCUUCCUGUUCGUCAGCGGCGAGCGCCUGGUCAGCGACCCGGCCGGAGAGCUAGGCCGGGUGCAGGACUUCCUGGGCCUCAGACGGGUGGUCACGGACAAGCACUUUUACUUCAACGCCACCAAGGGCUUCCCCUGCCUCAAGAAGGCGCAGGGGAGCGGCCGCCCGCGCUGCCUGGGCAAAUCCAAGGGCCGGCCCCACCCCCGGGUGCCGUCGGCGGUGGUCCAGCGGCUGCGGGACUUCUACCGGCCCUUCAACCGCAAGUUCUACCAGAUGACUGGCCAGGACUUUGGCUGGGACUGAGCAGGACAGGCCAGCCCGUGUCCUGCCGGGGGACACUCAAGAACCCGUGUUCAGAUGAUGGGUAGAGAAAACUAUUUAGGAAAUACAGUUUGGAUCUGUGUUCUUCCACACAAGCCUUGAAGGCUGCAAGGUGGGGGUUGGAGGGGGCCCUGUACAGGAAAGUGGUCAUCACACCAGCUCUCCAUGCAGGGCAGUGUUCCCGUGCCAGGCAUGGUCCCAAACGCAGGUCUCACACAUGACUUGGGGUGUGCAGUGAGCUUGGCCACAUGUAACAGAUGAGGCCCUGGGGCUCAGAGAGAUUUAGGGCCUGCCCAGCUACACACAGCUUAGACCUAUGGUUCUGGGGGCGGCCCUCGGGCUCUCUGGUCAGCCCUGGGAUGCUGAGCUAGGUUGUCCCCAUGUUCCGGAUGAGGACACAGAGGCCCGAGGUGGCCCACUUGAGGCCUGGGGCAGGAUUAAUGUUGGAUCUCUCCAAUGACUACCCCUGUGACCUCAGCUGAUUGCACAUCUUAGUGCCCAUUCCACGCUGCCUCCUGGAAAUCUGGCGAAGUUGCCCAAGAGUGAGUGUAAUGGGCAGUGGGGGGGUGGUUCUAACAGCGUCCAAGCGGUGGGGACAGUCUGGUACCGCCCACAACAGGCCACGCCCACAGCAGGCCACAACUACGUGGCUCUUACCACCCUCCAGACCCAGAGCUCUACAGGAAGUGACCAUUUAAUGGGUC